AUGCUCUAUAUAACGCCCUAUUACUCCUCCCUCAUUUCCCUCUUUGCGCCUGCUGCAGGCGGCGCAGAAGACGUGGCGCUGGACUGCCUCAAGAUGCCCGCCUCCCGCCGCCCCUCCAUGCGCGAGGUUGCCCGCCGCCUGCACGGCCUGCUGGCCCAGUACUGCACUGAUGACGGGCCCGAGGAUUCCCAAGCCAGCCCGCGUGUGGAGAGGGAGAGGGCGUUCGUUGGUGCUGGUGGUGGUGAGAACAGCACCACGGGGUUGUUUGACAGCAGCUUGUGGUCCGAGGGGCUGAUCGAAUGA